UCGGGGCUUCUGAGCGCUGAGGGUCUUCCUUGUGGCUGGCGCUCGCGGGGCGGUGCGGGGCGGCGCUGGCGGCCGCUCGAGGAGCUGUUGGGGUCACGGCCGGCCUCACGCGCCCUCAGUUGGGGCGAGGUGGUCUCGCUGAAGGUUGAAAAUGGAAAGCCCACUUUUCUCCAACAGUGAUGGCUGUGCAGAUGACAUAGUUAUAGAGAAGUACCUGGUUGUAUCCAAGGAGUCUGCAUCCCAUGUUCAGCUUGCAUGCAGUAGGCAGCAUUGUGCUUUCCCUUUGGAUGGAAAUGAACUUUGUAUAUGCAAUACAUCCGGUCCUGCAUACCAGCUUCUCACUCUAAGAGGACACUCCCAUCCAAUUACUUCUGUGGCAUUUGGCAACAUAGAAAAUGCACCUCUCAUAUGUUCUGCAUCCAAAGAUUGUGUUAUUAUGUGGGACCUGGAUAAAUGCAGAGAGAAUGUACUCCAAGGCCAAUCUCCUCGUGGGACUGUCCUUGGGACUUGUCUGGGGAAGGUGAUGUGUUUGCGGUUCAGUCCAGAUGAUCAUGCUGUAGCUGUGUGUGCUGGGAAUAGAAUCUUCAUGCUGGAUGUGGAGAGUCAGUCUCUGCUGGCUGAGCUGGAGGGACACAUGGGCCCAGUGACUGCGGCUGAGUUUUGUCCCUGGCAAGCUGGUAUCAUCAUCUCAGUGUCUGAAGAUAGGACCUUUAAGGUCUGGAACCAUCACAUGGGAUCCUUGAUCUACACUUCAUCAGUGCUCACAGCGUACCCUCUCCUGAGCCUGCUUGUUGAUGGAGUGAGUCGACAGCUUGUCACCGGGGGAGCUGAUGGCCAGCUUUGGGUCUUCAGUUUGCUUGAAGGGCAUCAUUACCGUUGUGUGACACGUAUUGACCUCGGGAAAAUGAGAGAGAACUUCAGCAGGAGAGUAGGGUCACAGUGUGGCAUUCCAUCAGACAGUCAGUGUUCCCAGGCAGAGGACCAAGGAGGGUCAGGAGGAGCAUCAGGAAGGGUGGAUGUGGCACUGCCUGUGCUGGGACUGGCGCCCUGUGACUUCUCCGUCAUCCUGGAUUCUGAUUUGUCACCUGAGAAGACCAGCUGCAUAUGGGCUGGGAGCUCCACUGGUUUAUUCAUAGUCAACCUGGCCAACUUCGAACUGGAAGCCGUUUUACAUUACAAGGAGUGUCAGCAGCUGAGCAUUCAGGUGUCUGGCUCGUGUGCUGUGAGGAGCGGAGGCUGCAGCGGUCAGGCCUUCUGCCUUCUCUCGUCCCUAUUUGGCAACAAGAUCGCCAUGUUGGAAAUUGGUGUCAGAGCCCUGGUCAGGGCUCAGCAGAGGCCUGUACUGGAGCGGGAUCUCUCCGUGGUGGCCAGCACCCAUGUCUCACCAGCCUCUCCUCUGUAUCUGGUUAAGGCUGAGGAGAGCACCACUAAGCUGCCUGCUUUAACCCAGCGAGCUGUGCGGAACAAGGUGAGGGAUCAGCCCUUGGUCUUCCACAACAGGGUCCACUCCUCUGGAUACGGGGCUCCGCCACGGGAGAGAAGGAAGAAGAGAAUGGGGCACAGGAGGGAGAUAGUAUGGCACCUGGCCACAUGCAGUGUCUCUGCCUCAGCACUGACUCCCCCAGCCUUCCCCCCUGGGGGUGGCCGAAGCCUGUGGAUUGUUGUCCUGGCGACUCCUGUGUGCAGCGUUCGGGGACGUUUCUUGAGCAUGAGGCCCUGUGUGGAGCCAAGGGGCACCAUGUUUUUACCCAAGACUAAUCGCAAGAGAGGUCAAGAGAGACCCUCCAAGUGCAGAAAGAGUUUUCCAGGUAAGGAAUACCCUCUGGAGAAUUCCCUGCCGUGUACACUCAGCGAACAGUGUGCUGUCAUGCCUGGCAGAACUGCUAUCUGCUCUCUGCAGUUCUCAGGAGAUGGACAACAUCUGGCCUGUGGCUUGGCGAAUCACUUGUCACUGGUAUUCAAUGCUGAUCUUACUGGGACACCCAGGGUCUUUCCAGGUCAUGAUGGGGCUGUGAGCACGGUGAGCUGGAGCCAUGGUGGCAGGUGGCUGCUCUCUGCUUCCCAGGACAGGACUGUGAGGGUGUGGUCUGUUCGCAGGAUGGAGCUGGCCCUGCUUCUGGGCAGAGGCGUGUUCUCCAGGCCCGUCCAGUCUGCACAGUUUUAUUUCAUCGAUGCUUUUAUACUGUUGUCUUCUGGCUUGGAAUUCCAGCUACUCAAGUAUCACAUUGAUACUUCCAAGGAGGAGAUAAAAAGAUACAAGUCCAAGAGCUGGUACAAGCCUGUUUUUCGACUCCCUCUGACAGAAGGAGGAGAGGUCACGUGUCUGUCAGCAGCAAAUGAUUUUUAUUCCUACAUCGUGCUUGCUGCCGGCCGACACCGGUCCCUGGAAGUGUUCGACUGCAACGCAGGCCGCAGCACAGCUGUGAUAGCAGAGGCCCAUGCCCGGCCCGUGCACCAGAUCUGUCAGAAUCAAGGGUCCUCGCUGGCGAGCCAGUCUUCCCAGGAUUAUAACCUCUUCGCAACCAUAGCUGUUGGUGAUGGCAUAAAGCUGUGGGACUUGAGAACUCUGAGAUGUGAGCGCCGAUUUGAAGGCCACCCCGGCCGCUGCCAUCCCUGCAGACUCGCAUGGAGCCCCUGUGGACGAUACAUAGCUUGUGGUGCCGAGGACAGACACGCAUAUGUGUACGAGAUGGGCUGCAGCACAUUUUCCCGCAAACUGGCAGGACACACGGACACCGUCACUGGAGUGGCUUUCAGCCCGUCAGUCUCCCAGCUCAUCACGGCCUCUUUGGAUGGGAAGCUCCAGCUGUUCACAGCCCCAUGAGCGUCAGUGAGGCUGGCGCAGCUGCACAACUCAUCUAUACCACCCUGGGGGGCACCGGAUCCCGAGGGAGCC